UAGGGGAUAAAGAAUUUAACCAUGAAUGAGAAAACAACCUCACGUUUUGAUUUAAUUUUAGUAAAUUUUAAAUAAACCUUUACUUUCUAUAUUGAAUGUUUUGAUACCAAGUCACUAUGUGUCGACAUCUAUUUCGUACGUUAUCGUUAUUAGCCAUCCUCGCAUUACUGCGAUUUGCAGAAAAUGUAGCGGAAUCUGUUGAAGCCGAUCGAAUCAAAAGUCUGCCCGGCGUUCCAACUCUUCCCGAUUUUCCUAUGUAUUCUGGAUAUCUUGAUGUUAAUAAAGACAAGAAACUUCAUUAUUGGUUGAAUAUAUGUGAAAGUGGAACAUGUGACAAUUUGAUUAUUUGGUUUAACGGAGGACCGGGUUGUAGUUCAAUGGAUGGCUUGUUUGCUGAACAUGGUCCCUUUAAGUUCGACCGAGAUAGUGGACAAUUGGAGAAAAAUAAUUACUCAUGGAACAAAUUAGCGCACACGCUAUAUAUUGAAGCACCGGUUGGUGUCGGGUUUUCAUACGGCUCACCAAAUGAUCCCAUCACAGAUGACACGUUUGCAGAAGAUGUAGAAAAAGCGAUCAUGAACUUCUUUGAAAAGUUUAAUUCGUUGAGACAUUGUGAUAUUUACAUUACCGGGGAGAGUUAUGCCGGUGUUUACAUCCCGACCCUUGUUGCGACAAUGCUAAAUAUUGGUUCACCUCUUAUAGACAAAAUCAAGGGUCUUGUAAUUGGCAAUGGAUUACUAAACCAACGGGUAAAUGAUGAAUCGCUUGUGUUUUACGCAUACUAUCACGGGCUGUUUGGAAAAUCACUCUGGGAUGAAUUGAUGGAAAAUUGCUGUGAUGAUGGCAGACCAGAUCGAUGCACUUUCUUCCGAUUUUCCGAAGAGCAUUGUAUAUUCGAGGUGAUGAAAGUGAUGCAACUCGUUACCAACAACGGUUUGAAUGUUUAUAAUCUGUAUGGAGACUGUGCAACUCCGUCACAGAUGAAUCGUAUGAGAUAUUUCAGAGACUAUUACAAAAAUCUUUUUUAUAUGAAGAUGGGUCUAGAUUUAGAUUCAAAACGUCUUACUCUCGUCCCUCCGUGCUCCAACGCAUCUCUCAUAACAAAAUAUCUGAACAGAAACGAUGUCCAACAAGCUAUACAUGUUAAACAAACAACAUGGCAAAUCUGCAGUGAUCAUGUCAACAGAGAAUAUAAGAAGAUAUACAAAGACGUUUCACCUUUCAUCAAAACAAUUCUUGAAGAAAUGGAUGACAUUAGAGUGCUGCUGUAUUUCGGAGAUGUUGACAUGGCAUGCAAUCAUAUGGGAGGAGAAAAGUUCGUAGAUGAUCUCGGAUAUAAGAUUACAAUGGAGAGAAGAACUUGGAAUCUGGAAAAAAGUGGAACGGAGCAAAUUGGCGGAUUUGUUAAAGAAUUUCAUAAGCUCACAUUUCUAACCGUAAAAGGUGCAGGGCACAUGGUUCCUGCUGAUAUUCCACCUGCUGCAUUCCAAGUGGUGACAAAAUUUCUAGACUAUGAGCCGAUAUGAUGGGGAUAUUUUUACUGCUCAUGUGCCAAGACAAUAAGACAUUUCUGAAUAUUGACAAUAUUUAUAUAUAUUUCCAUUUUCAAUUCUAUAAAAAAACUAUUGUUCAAUGAACUU